GUAGAGAGGGCAGCCGAUACUUUGCCAUGCCAGUCCUCGCAAAGCCGCUAUGGCUGCAGGGUCAGCUCGAAAGUUAACUGCGUUUGUGGACAAGCUCGGCAAUUGUACGAAGUGUUUGCGACUGCCAAGACUGAGUUCACACAGCGUGCGGUGGCAACAUGCGUCGUGGUUUGCUCUCCGGCAGGACAGGAGGUUGCAGCACCCCCUUGGCGGCAGUGGCCAAGGUACACGAGCCAGCUGCUGCAGUUGCAGGCAUGGCACCACCACUGCACCAGCCCAGUUCACACCCCGUCGGACAUUCAUGACGACGGCCCCCUGGUCUCAGGCACCCCUGGUUCAGCAACCAGGCAGUCUGCCCGAGACCAGCACAGACCCAUUCGAGCUGUCCAAGCAGGACCUGGCAGACAUCUAUGAUGCCAUCAAAAAGGAGUUAUGGGUGUCAAAGCCUCAGCUGAACGAAAUUGCCAGCUACUACUUUGAUGGCCAGGGAAAAGCUUUUCGCCCGAUGAUCUGCACCUUGAUGGCCAGAGCUGUGAACAUUCAUGUGCACAAUAGAAAUGUACUUUUAGAUUUUCAAAAGAAAGUGGCAUUAUUGUGCGAAAUGAUCCACACUGCCAGCCUUGUCCACGAUGAUGUCAUUGACACCUCCGACACACGGCGAGGAAAGCCCAGUGUCAACGUGUUAUGGGGGCAGAAAAAGGCAAUUCUAGCGGGUGACUUCGUGCUCUCCCGAACAGCACAAUUGCUUGCCAAGAUUGGGAGCAAUGACGUCAAUAGUUUCCUGUCUCAGGUUCUUGUGGACUUAGUUCAAGGAGAAUUCAUGCAGCUGGGUUCCAAAGAAGACGAGGGAGAGCGAUUCUCUCAUUAUAUACAAAAAACAUUCAAGAAGACUGCCAGCCUCAUUGCCUUUGCCUGCAGAUCCGUAUCCAUACUUGGAGGUGGAGAUGAGAAAAUACAGGAGGCAGCCUACCAGUAUGGCAGAAAUGUUGGCAUUGCAUUUCAGUUGGUUGACGACCUCCUAGACUUUGUAUCCAGCCAGUCUGAUCUCGGCAAGCCUGCUGCUGCUGACCUCCGGCUAGGACUUGCCACUGCACCUGUCCUGUUUGCUUGUGACAAGUACCCUGAGCUGAAUGCUAUGAUAAUGCGACGCUUCUCAGAGCCUGGAGAUGUGGAAAGGGCCUAUGAGGCAGUUCUGAAGAGUGAUGGCCUAGAGCACACGCGGCUGCUGGCACAGAAGCACUGCAGCGAAGCCGUGCGGCACCUCGCACCGUGGGUCGAGUCACCAGAAAAGCAGGCACUGAUCAGCAUCACCGAAAAAGUGCUCAACCGCAAGAAGUAACCACAAUGCAGGCCCACGUCCAUUCCACAAGACGAAACUGGGCUACACAAAAUAGGUGCAGAGAUUUAGACAAACUGUACAUAAAACAAAGCCAAUGCCUGCAGCCCUAAAACUCUACCACCGCCCAUGUGGAGAGAGGAGUAUAUGCGUCGAGCUGUUUCAUAUAUUUUGCCUGACAAUCGGAAGGAAUCUGACAAAGUGACCUUCACAAAUGUGAUGGCCAUUGCGUGCUUAAAAAAAAAAAAAAAUAGUGCUAUUGAACUUUGCGCAUGCAGAAGACAACGAAGGCGCUGUCUUUCCGAUGCUUAUAAUGGCUCCAUUUGUUUGCCUGAAUUUCAUCUGUGAGUGCUGAUACCAGCACUGGAGAGAAGUGGCAAGCAGAGCAACAGAUAACACGGGUGCUAGUUGUACAUAAGACCUCUCUCUGAUUAAUGUACAUAAAAGUAAUGAGCUUGGCCUUGAAUAUAAAUCAUAGACAAGAAAAAGCAUUUCUGUGUGGGAAAGUUACGUUCACUGUACACUAAGAUGGCAUACUUGCAAUGACGAAAAUUACUAUUGUUUGAAAGAGUUUAUAACACGACCAACCAGUUAUACUUAAUAAUUACACGUUAUUUAUCUUCUGCAAGUUAGAUGUGCUUGCAGAGUAUACAUACUACCCUAAUAAUGCUGUUAAAAAAAUAACCUGUACAUAGGAGUAUAUGACGUUUUGGGAAGUACUAUAAACAUAUUAAGCCUAUUACUGUAAUUGAAAAUAAGAAAGAAAGGAUUGUUUGGCCUCUUUGUUACAGUUACAUAAGUCAUUGAUGUUUUAAGGCAUUCAUUUGUAAUGGAACACUAACAGAUCUAAACAAAGCAAAUAAAAAUUAACAAGUGUCACCAGA